AAAUGACAAGCCCAGUUCUUCAAUAGGAUUUCUAUACACGCUUCUAUCAAAAUGUCUCGUUGUGGAGAUGUAAGCUUGUGUGUCCUCGCGUUUCUGCUUAACCUACCAUUGGCGUUGGGUUCCGAAGGAUACUUCUGGCACGUGACGGACAACCAUAUAGAUACGCUAUAUGAAAGCCAACAAGAAUCAUGUAACGAUGUAUUUUCUACGGAAGAGUUGGGCAUCUUUGGCAUGCCAAGUUGUGAUUGUCCACUAAUCUUUCAAAAAAGUUUUGUUGGCGCGAUGGAAUCUUUGGGGCCAGCUCCGGAGUUCAUUGUUUGGACGGGGGAUAUGUCUCCACAUGUGAAAAACGAAAGUGCUUUCAAACCAGAGUCGGUCGUUGUUGCCUCCAUUGAGAACGUAACGAAUUUGAUAAAAGAAGCCUUCCCAUCAACAAAGGUAUUCCCAGCACUUGGAAACAAUGAUUGCUACCCUAAAGAUCAGCUUCAGCCACAUAAUAGUACACUAUAUACUGCAGUCGGUGAGGUUUGGAGGAAUUGGAUAGGUGAAGCAGCAUUGCAGACAUUUCACAAGGGAGGCUAUUACUCUGGCACUAUCAGAGAAGGGGAAAACAUUCUUAUCUUGAACACAAAUCUAUGGAUGGUAAAAAAUGGUCUGACACGAAACUUAAACGACCCUGCCUCACAAUUCAAAUGGUUGGAGGAUGAACUGGAACGAAUAAAGACUGCUGGUGAAAUAACUCACAUAGCUGCUCACAUAGCACUAGGGAAUAAUGAAGACUCUGCCAAUAGCGAUCUCACAAAGAAAUUCAGCGACCGUUUCAACGACAUUGUUGUUAAAUAUUCGGACAUAAUCAUUGGACAGUACUAUGGACACACUCAUGCUGACACAGUGCGAAUGAUAAACAACAAAUCAGGAGAUAAAAUAGUAGGAUCUGCGUUUAUAUCACCUGCAACAUGUGGUACCUCGUGGUAUGGCGGAAACCCUACACUGCGCAUGGUCAGAUACGAAACUACGGAUGUCAAACUUACAGAUAUAUGGCAAUACUAUAUGAACCUUACAAAGGCAAACGCUGAUCCAGAAAACGCAGAAUGGGAACUCGAGUAUAAAUUCACAGAAGCGUAUGGGGUCAAUGACAUAAGUACGGCAUCGCUUACAAAGGUUGUAGACAGCUUCAAAGAGACGAACAGUCCUUACUUUGCAAAGUUUAUACGUUACCGACGAGGCAUGUCAACCUCUAAGUAUAAUGAACAGUCAUGUGAUUAUGAGUGUAAAAAGGGCAUUCUAUGCGGAAUCGAGCAUAUCUGGGAAAACCGUUUCAAACAAUGCCAUGAGAAUGUCCAAUCUAAUGGACAUGUCACUAAAGUCAAUUUUUAUGGAUUCAUACAUGUGUGUUUCUCAAUUUAUAUGCUCCUACACUGAGAACGAUCAUAUGGUCUUAGGAACUGUCACUAGAAUUAUAUCAAAAACUGAGUUGAGAAGUAGAACCUUGACAUAUAAAAUACAUGUAAGACAUUUGUUUUUUUUGUGGUCUAACCUCAAUGUUUUUUGCACCAUUUAUCUGGAUUCUAAAAACAGACACAUGUCAAUGUCAGUGUCAUCGUGUGAAUUGUAAUAAGUAAUAAUAAUAAUCCUUCCCUGGAAACAUCAAAUAACUGUUUUCAGGAAAAAAUAAGCCUUUACAAAUAAUU